AUGCGUAUACCAAUUAUAACACAAAAUUUUACAUCAGCCCAUCAAGAUGGUACGCCUGAUUUGUAUAGUAUACAGCCGCUCAUGUUACUACCACAAUCUCAACAGCCAAUGUUAGAUGAACAACAAAAUGGUUUCAAUAAUUUAUUUUUACAUGAUUUAAAUCGACAUCGUAAUACGUAUAUACGUAGUUAUAAUGCUUACGAAGCAAUUAAGAAACGUCAUGAUUUUGUUUUACGAAAAGAAAAUUUAAAAUCAUUAUAUCGUUUCGAAGAUCGUCUUGAACGAAAACAAGAACAAUACAUCGAUCAAUCAUUACACGCCUAUGAACAAUGUUUUGUCAAAGUAAUUAGUAAUAAUCCAUACAGUUCAAUUAUCGGACAACGUCCUCGAACAGCCAUACCUAUACAACCUCAAUCACAACUACCACCGGCAUUUGACAAAUUCCAUGCACAUUACUUGACACAUUCAACUCCACUUAUGAAGAUCGAACAAGAUUCAAAUCCUCAACAACCGCACACGGCACUACCUCAACAGCAAGGUUCUCAUCGUUAUCAGAAAAACAAUUGGCCAAAAUCUAAACAGACAAAUGGUAUUUAUAGAACAGCACAAUCAUUUCACGAUGCUUGUUUGCAGCAGCAGCAGAAGCAGCAACAACAACAGCCUUUCGUACAAAAGUCUAACGAAUUUCUUUCAUUUACAGAAAGUUAUUUACAAAAAUUUGGCAAUAGUUUCUUAAAUGAAAAGCAACCACCAUCGACGAUUGUCGGGCAGAAACCAUACGAAAACGAACGUCGAAGACCAUUAUCGGCAGCUCCAAGUCUAGGAAGUGCUGCAACUGUCGACAUAGCAAAAAAAGAACAGCAGCCACCGGAACCGCCCACUGUAACUAUCAAAACAACAAUACAGCAACGAUCAAAAGCACCACAAUCUUCACCGGUUCAUGGUUACAAUGAUGCUGUUAGGGAUGGAGCUCUAUUGCGAAAUGAUUCCGACGACGACCCGAAAGUCAAACGAAAGCAAUCUUCAAAACGUUUAAAAAAUGGAAAUACAAAACAAGUAGUAGUAAAUCUGACAACAGCUAACAAUAAAAAAUCGACUAUCGUCACAACGUCAAUAACGGACAACGGCGAUAUUCUAAAAGACGCCAUGUUUGUCCAAAAUUAUAAUGAACCAAUGCCAACGCCAACGCCGGCACCAUCUACUAUUGAGUCCCAAACGAAAUCCACGAUAAAAUUAUAUAAAAAGUCCUCGCCAUCCUCAUCCAUUGUUAACAGACGAAGAUCAUCUGUAUCUUCAAGUAAUAAUAAACUGUCAGCAUCACCUGUACCAUCGCAAAUGGUUGAGACAGAAGUGCCAGUUACUGAGAAAGAACCAGACGAUCUAGUGAUUAAAUCAAUAGAACAAGAACAAGUCGUGAACGAAGAAAAAGACGACGAGCUUGAAGCAAUCAAUACGGAUCCUAACACAAAUAUACUAAAACAAUUACCAUUACCGAAUAAGCGAAUAAAAAUAAGCGCUUUUGAUAAUAAUAGUGAAGCAAUGAACGAUUUGGUGAUUUUUGACCUUGGCUUAGGGAGUGGUAAACAUAAACAAAGUCGAAAAAGUCCAGCAGAGGAAGAGGACAAAAUAACUAGAGAGAAUGAUAAAGGAACAAUGGAUUUACUGGAAAAGAUUAAACAAGGAACAAACCCAUUACUAUUAGGACAAAUGGCAUUAUCACAACAGGGUUGUCGAUUUGAAUUACCCUACGAUUUGAAACAGUUAGAAAAACUAAAACCAACUGAAUAUUUGAGUCGAUAUUGUCGUUUGUCAUCACGACGACAGUAUUUAUUUCGUCGAAUAUUUGAUAAAUUUCGUAAUAGUAAUUAUCGCAUGGAAGUCAACCAUCUUUAUAAUGCAAUCAAAGAUAUACACACGAAUAAUUUUAAACAAGAACAGUGGGAUAAACUAUUGGAAUUAAUUGAUUUACAAGAAGAAAAACAAUUAAUAUUUGAUACAUUUGCGGGUAUUGCUGCUCUAUAUGAACGUUUGCUAUAUAACGAGCAAAGAACAGAUACACAUGAUACAAAUGAUUUUCAUAAAGAUACAAUAGAAAUAUGUGAUUUUGAAAGUUUAGAUAGAAAGUUAGAUGGAUUAGACAUUCCAAAUGUUAUUAGACAAUUACUUAAUGCACUUUAA